AUUUUAUUUCGGUCACUACUGUGCCCUAGCAUCGCUGAAAUCCCUCCUUGAACCUCCGCUUCGAUACCCAAGCGGUGGAAGGUUCAUUGCACUUGAUUUUGACCUUUCUAUUGGAAUUCUCACAAUUUCUCACCUACAAUGGCUGUUUCCCAAAAGUUACUAGUGAUCCCCAAGUGGGCAGAGUUCCAGGAGCAAGCAAAAGGCGGCGUGAUCAUAGAAAUACACUCCCGGCAUGUCAGCGCCCAUGAGUUGAAGGACACGCUAGAGACAAUGUUUCCACACUCAAAGUACACCAUCCAGCUUAGGAGAGACCGAUAUUCGAUAACGUUUCCGGAGCGACGAAAGUGUGACCUGGAUCAGGUGUUGCUCGGCCCCAUACCAUCCGGUCAACAAUCCAAGCCACCUAUAACCGCUCCUACUUCUACUCCUCUAUUGGCGAUCGAGUCGAUUGAGGAGUUACCCUCAUCAAAUGAAGAUACUACCCCGAUGAUCGGGCCUCAAGAAUCUCCUAAGGCCAUUCCUCAUGGGCCUAAAAGUACGCAGCGGGAAGGAGUUUUGCAUCGCACCAGGUGUCUUUUGCUAGGUAUAGCAAAAUGUGCUAGGAGUGCAGCAACAGAUUUUGUCCGUCCAUGACUGGCAGUAUUGAUAGCUCACACAUGGUUGUCCAGGAAAGUGGAAGAAAGAAAAGAGGGGAUUUAAGGGAAGAGUUGAAAUCAUACGCUGACACCCGGUUGUGGA